AUGAGGUCUCUAUUUGUUUGUUGUCUCACUCUGCCUCUCUGUGCAACGUUGGCUGCGGGUUUCCUGCGAACUUCCCACAGCUCGGCGCUCUCUCCGCGCGCACCCGCAGUCGGCUCGCCGUCGGAGACUGUGGUAGCUCCUCCCUCUGUCUCUCCCCAGUUCUCUUCGUUUUCCUCUUUCGAGCUCGUUUCGCCGUCUCACUCGCCUCCGCCCUCUCCAGGCUUUGUCUCAGUCUCUUCGUUCCUGUCUCAGUCGUCGCACUCUCCUGCCCCGGCAGCUUCGUCGCCGCUGCGCCCUCUGCGCCGGCGCGCGGCCAGCUCUGCUGAAGAGGCCCUAUCUCCUCAUGGAGGCCGCCAGGCACUCUUUGCUGAAUGCUGCGGCUCCAGAGGGAGCACGUGCGCCCCAAUAGCGAAUGCGGCUGCCGCUGGCGACCUCGGGAACGCAGCGCCGAGCGGAAAGAAGGGCGGAGUCACUCCUCGCGUCGGCGAAACAACCGCAGGGCCUCGGCCCGACUGGUUCCACGUGCCCGCCCCGCAGGCCGCUGCCCGCGGCGCUGAGGAGUCGCGCUACCAGCAGCUGCAGAGGCAAAUCCGCGGCCUGCAACUUCACACGGUAUGCGAGGAAGCCAAGUGCCCAAACAUCGGCGAGUGUUGGAACGGGGGCACUGCGACGCUCAUUCUUCUGGGCGACACGUGCACGCGAGGCUGUCGCUUCUGCGCGAUCAAAACGUCCAGCAAGCCCCCCCCACCCGAUCCGCAAGAGCCCGAAAAAGUUGCCGACGCCGUUGCCAAGUGGGAUAUCGACUACGUCGUCAUGACCAGCGUCGACAGAGACGACAUGCCUGACGGCGGUGCCGCGCACUUCGCUCGAACAGUUCAGCUGGUGAAGAAAGUCAAGCCUUCGAUGCUCGUCGAGUGCUUGGUCUCCGACUUCCAGGGGAUGGAAGGGUCCGUUCGCACGCUUGCUCAGUCCGGACUAGAUGUCUACGCCCACAAUAUCGAGACGGUUCGCCGUUUGACGCCAUACGUUCGCGACAAGCGAGCAAAAUACGACCAGUCCCUGCGGGUGCUUCAGGCUGCGAAAAAGUUCAAUCCCUCAGUGUUCACAAAAUCGUCGAUAAUGGUGGGUCUGGGGGAAACCGAAGAAGAAGUCGUUGAGACUCUCCGGGAUCUCCGAGCUCACAACGUCGAUGUCGUGACCCUGGGCCAGUACCUGCGGCCCACGAAACAACAGCUGGGGGUCGUUGAGUAUGUCACUCCCGAGAAGUUUCGACGCUACCAAGAGCUUGCGGAAGGCAUGGGAUUCAAAUACGUUGCAAGCGGCCCUCUGGUGCGGUCCUCAUAUAAGGCCGGUGAAUAUUUCAUGAAGCAUCUGAUUGAUGACGCGAGGAAGAAGGGCUACGGCGACACGGUGAAAGAGGUCAAGCUCGAGGCCGACGUAGGCACGCUCAAAGGGGAGACAACCACAUUCGGGGCAGAAUGA